AUGCUAUUCUCACGGGCCUUAGGUCUUGCCGUCGCGUGGUUCCUUGCAGCCAUAAAUCCAGCGCAUACAGAGAGCUUGGCUGAUAUUGACCAUGUCAUUUUAUUCAUGCAAGAGAACCGUGCUUUCGAUCACUACUUUGGCACUAUGGCAGGAGUUCGAGGCUUUGCGGAUCCAAAUGUUCAGGUCAACGAUGGGGUUCCUAUCUGGAAGCAAAAAGUCACUGCAAAACAGAGUAAGGAUACCGACUACAUCACUCCUUGGUAUCUUAACUACCUCGGGGGCACCUGGCCGGAAGCCACCCAGUGCAUGAGUGCUGGGUCCAACGGCUGGGAUGCCAAUCAAGCUGCUCUGAACCAUGGCGCCAAUGACCAUUGGGCCAUGAACAACACUCCAUAUAGCAUUGGCUACUAUAAGCGUCAGGAUCUUCCUGUCCAUUUUGCCUUGGCUGAAGAAUGGAUUGUUGGCGACAUGUAUCAAGAGUCCGUCAUCGCUUCAACCAACCCAAACAGAGUCAUGUGGAUCAGCGGAUCCAUCAAUGUCCCAGGUUCUCCACAGACAAAAGACAAAGGUGGUUAUCCCUACAUUGACAACAACGAGACACCCGGCUGUGACAGAGACGGAAUCAACUGCUACCCUCUCAAAUGGACCACAGCUGCUGAGAAGUACGAGGCUGCUGGCGUGUCAUGGAGUGUUUUUCAAGACGCCGAUAACUUUGACGACAACCCUUAUGCAUGGUUCGAGCAGUUUCAAGAUUCCAAGAAAGGCUCCAAAUUGAACGAGAAAGGAAUGAAGGGACAAUCUUUGGAUGCCUUCUUCGCUCAAGCUGCUAGCGGAACACUUCCCGAAGUUUCGUACAUCGUCGGACCAAUGCAACUAUCCGAACACCCUCCUUACUCGCCAAACGACGGUUCAUGGCUGCAAAAGAAAGUUGCUGAAGCUGUCAUAAACUCUCCCAAGUACUCCAAAUCUGCCCUUAUCAUAUCCUACGAUGAGACAGGCGGAUGGGCAGACCAUGUCACCCCUUAUCAUUCCCCCGAUGGAACAGCCGGUGAAUGGAUCGAUGAUCCGUAUGGUGAAGUUGGCCGCACGCCUACCGGCCCAGGCUUUCGCGUGCCAUUCUAUAUUAUCUCCCCAUUCACUCGCAAGGGAGGCGUUUACACUGAGCACUGCGAUCACACGUCCCAGAUAGCCUUUAUCGAAAGAUGGCAGGCUGCAAAGGGUCGUGAUGUCAAGUCAGAAGAGCUAGUUCCCUGGCGCCGUGAGAACAUGGCCGACCUUGUCAAUGCUUUCGACUUCAAAAACCCUGACUACUCCAUCCCAACUCUGCCUGAUGCUCCUGAGCCACACACCAAUAGCAAGGGCGAAUACGACGGAUCUUCGCAUUGUUUUUCUCAAUAUGGAAACGGUAGACCAGCUGUGCCUUACACCGGCGAAUGGGCUAAUAAUGACACCGCAAGUCUCGCGGAGAAGGGGUUCAAAUCUGUCCGUGGACUGUUAACAGAAGGACGUACUCUGGUCUUUGAAGCUUCAGGUCAGGCCUUGAGUGUGACGUCCAACGGCCAAGUUACCCUGACCAAAGCCACAAAAAUGCAUGAUAACGUCCCGCAAGGCUGGGUUCUUCAUGCUAUGGAUAUUGGGGGAAAUGAUUUUACUAUCAGUUCUGCUCAGAACAGCUUGUAUUUGUGCCCCAACUUGAAACUUUGCAAAGGCCCUGGCUCGGCUACUGUCUUUAUCGUCGACUUUAAACCAAGUAAGGGUCACUCGUUCAAGGAUAAAGAGUCUGGACAGUAUCUUGUCAGCAGUGCGAAGAAACAACUGGAUUGGCAGGAGACGCAAAGCUUUUGGAAAACGUUUAGUGUUACUUACUGA